UACUUCUAAUUAUAUAAGUUACAUAUUUGGUUAGAUAAAUUAUUAAAACAUAAACAAUUUAAAUUUUAUGAGAUAGACAACUAGAAUAAUUUAAUAAAUUACCCUAUCUUAUUAUAAAAAGAUUAUUGUUGCUACUUUUCUGUGAUGCUAAUUGAUUCUCUUGCUUCAUGCUAGUAGCACAGUGCAUGAGAGUAGCACAGUGAUAUAUAUUUUGACAAUUUUAAUAAUUUAUUAGGUUUUAAAAAAAAUUAAGAAAAUAAAAAGUUCUUUUAAUCUUAAGUCUUAACUAAAAUUAUGAUUAUAAUAAGAAACAGUGUGCACAAAAUACAAGGAAAAUUUGUUUAAAAAAAUAAGAUAAAUUUAAUUAAAAAUAAUAGAUUUCUUAAAUUUUAAAUCUUAUUUUAGUUUUCUUAUUGUACAAUAUAAUAUACGGAAUAAUAUUACAGAAUAUCACUUAGAACGCCGUUUUUCCAUGAUUAUCUACUUAUAUCAUUUUUAUCAUUUAUUAUACCAUUUAUUAUCUAUAAAUAUUGUUUAUAAAUAAAUAGCAUUUUUAGCAUUUAUUAACCAUAAAUGCUAUUUAAAACAGCAUUACGAAUGGUAUUCUGUAAUAUUAUGUAUAUUAUACAAUAAGAAAACUAUGGUUUAAAAUUGAAAGUCUUAUUUUUAAUGAAAAAAAACUAGAACAUUACAGUGCGCGCUUCGCACGCGUCAUUAAAAAGCCAAAAAUUAAUUGCUACACGGAGAAAAUUUUUCUCGAAAAUAUAAGUAUACACGAAUAAAGUAAAUACCAUACUAAUCUUUCACGGCUAGGAUUAGUUAAAAUAUGUAAAAGAUUUCAAGAAAGUAUGGGAAAUUUAGAGAGCAAAGAAUAAAACUAUACGCAGACGUAAAUAUUUCCAUCAGGUAUGGGAAUACUUUUUCGAUGGCGCGUUUUACUAUAUGUUUUACUAUGGGUGCUUUCGGGGAGACGCUAUUAACGCUACCAGCAUCAGUCCACCUUCAUUACUCAUUAAAAGUAAAACAAGGAUAAACUGAUGCUGAUAGCGCUAAUAGCGUCUCCCCGAACACACCCUUCAUGUAGAACGCACUAACCUCAAAAGGAACGUUUUACAUCACAAGGACAUACCAAGAGUACUUCAAUUAUACUGCGUUCGGCAAUGCAAAUCCGAGGUGUCGGAUGUGCUUUUUAUCUUGAAAAUCGUUCGGCAAUUCACAUCUCGGUUCGGAGAUUGACGAACGUGCGCAGUCCGCAUCACAGAACAUAUACUGUCCACGUAUUCGCGGUUACUAUCGCAUUUCUAUAAAGAACAUAAACUAUUAUCAGAUACGCAACAAAUAUUUUUAUGCAGUUCACAACACUAUAUAUUUUUUACAAUUAUUACAAAUUAUUAGAAGUACAAUGACUGAGUUAAUUAAUUUGGAUACAAUUAAAAAUAACAAUAUAUCAGACAAAAAUGAUAUUACUUGCACAAAAUCAGUAUUUACUGAGAAAACGCAUAUUGAUAACAACCAUUUUGAUGAUUCUAUGACAGAAUGGUCUAUUGUUCAUUUUGAAACUGACGAAGAAGAAGAAAUUGAAAAUUUUUAUGAUUUAAUUCCAUCUUCAUGGAUAACAACAGCAGAAAAUUAUGAUAAGGGUAUGAAAAUGCUCGUCAAACUUUCGAAAAAUCUUAAUGCUACACUAUAUUCAGAUAUUGAAGAGAAAGGAAAAGGAAAACGAAUGAAAAAGCAAAUCAAGCAUUUUGACAAUUCUAAUAAAGAAAACAAACCCAAAAAAAGACGGAAUGAACAAUUGAUGUUGCCACCAUUUCCACAGUUAAUGAAUGUAAAUAAGUUGUCACAUCAAUCAUUGCCUAACAAAAUAGACAAAAUGAAAAAGUCAUUUAUGGAUAAAGCUUCAACUUCAAAAAAUAUACAAAAGCCGAUUUCAGUCUCACACAAGAUAAAUGUUUCAAAUGAAAUUGGUGAAAUACCGGAAAAUAACAAUUACAUGACACAUCAAGAAGUCAAAUCUGUAAAAGAGAGUUUUUCUAUGGAAAUGCCAAAAUCAAAAUCUGCAGCAAUUACUUCAGAAGAAAAUCCUGAAGAAUUUUCUUUAACAUCUACAAAAUGUUCUGCAAACCACCAGAAGUGUGCUUAUACUUCAAAAGGAAAGGUCACAUUAGAAUCUAUUGCACAAGCAAUUUGUCAUCUUAAUGUAUUAUCUUUUAAACAAACUAUGCGUAAAAUGGAUAGAAAUAUAGAAAGUUUUUUGGAAACGGAAGCAAUUGCCAAAAAAAAUACAAAUAAAGAUACCACUGUACACAUGUUUGACGAUUUUCCAUUAACCAAUUUGGAGGACUUAAAGAAAAUAGAGCGUAAAUUAAAACAUGAUGAAACUUUUUAUUCAAAAAUGGUUGAUGCUCUACAUACCGCGAUAAUAGGACAAUCUCUUCAAAAACAAAUCAAUUCUGUGUUUCGGAUAGUUUUAGAUGAUAAAUUAGCUAGUCAAUUUAACUGGAAAGGUCAACGAGGAACUAAAUUAAAAUUGUCAAAACGCCGAAUAACUAAAAUAAUGAUUGAAGCGGUGGCUAAAAACUUUCCGGGGGUCAAUGAAACUAUGUUUGGUAGAAAAGCCGGAGCAUGGUUGGCUCAAGCUACUUUUCGUAUAAAAAAACAGAACAAUAAAAGUGAGGAAGAUAACAUAACAACAUCAGAUGAUGAAAUAAAAAACGAGGUUGAGGACAUAACGGAAAACAUAACGGAAGACAUACCGGAAAACGAAAAGUUAACAAAUAUAAGCGUAUGAUAGUUUAAUAUAUUACAUAUUUUAUAAUAUAUUAUGGGAUUAUAAACAAGUUUAUUGUAAUAAACAUAUAUUUCUUAAAAUAUAAUAUACAUUCGUACGAUAAAUAAAAAAAUAUAUUUUGUGUAA